UUGUACAUCUCUAGAAAAUUGGAGAAAAUAAAAUCGUUUUAGUUUUUAUGUGCUCUCAAACUACUGUAAGUAAUUGCUAUUUUUGUGCGUAUUGCUUGCCGGUAGUAAACACAUUUUGCGUCGUGCGUUGUCUGGAAAUGUGAAGCGCAGUUUAAAGGUGUCUCGCACCCGAACUAACUAUUAUUUUGGGUUAAAACUUGUGCAUUUCCUUUGAACUUAACAAUGUCGGUACACUAUAAAUUUAAAAGUACCCUCAAUUUCGAUACAAUUACGUUUGAUGGACUUCACAUUUCUGUCGGGGACUUGAAAAGGGAAAUCGUCCAGCAGAAGCGACUGGGUAAAGUAAUUGACUUUGAUCUUCAAAUCACGAAUGCGCAGAGCAAAGAAGAAUACAAGGACGAUGGAGUUCUAAUCCCCAAAAACACAACGCUGAUCAUAUCGCGCAUACCUAUUGCACAUCCCACGAAGAAAGGAUGGGAGCCAGCAGCUGCGGAAAACGCCUUUACGUCGGCGCCAGCCAAACAGGACAACUUCAACAUGGACUUGUCUAAAAUGCAAGGCAGCGAAGAGGACAAAAUCCAAGCCAUGAUGAUGCAAAGCACUGUUGACUAUGAUCCAAAGACGUACCAUCGCAUUAAAGGGCAAUCUCAAGUGGGUGAAGUUCCGGCAUCCUACCGAUGUAAUAAAUGCAAGAAAGGAGGUCAUUGGAUCAAAAACUGUCCCUUUGUAUUAGGAAAGGAUCAGCAAGAGGUCAAAAGGAAUACCGGCAUUCCACGCUCUUUCAGAGACAAGCCAGAUGCGGCAGAGAAUGAGUCAUCCGAUUUUGUUCUGCCUGCUGUACAAAAUCAGGAGAUUCCCGAGGAUUUGAUUUGCGGCAUAUGCCGUGAUAUAUUUGUUGAUGCCGUCAUGAUACCCUGCUGUGGAAGUUCGUUUUGUGACGACUGUGUGCGUACUUCGUUAUUGGAAUCCGAGGACAGCGAGUGCCCCGAUUGCAAGGAGAAAAACUGUUCCCCUGGCUCCCUAAUUCCUAAUCGGUUUUUGAGAAAUUCUGUUAACGCGUUUAAAAACGAGACUGGGUACAACAAAAGUACAGUUAAAUCAGCCGCAGUAAAAACCGAUGACAAACCUCUCGUUGAAAAAGAAGUUGAGGAGAAGCCGGCUGAGGUAGAGGAACCUGUGGAGGAGGAGGUGAAAACUGAAAAGCAAGAAGAAACAGAAACUAAUGGAAAGAAGCCACCGAAAUCAGAGUCACCCGAACCUCCUUCAACUGCAGAACCGCCACACAAGGAGAAAGAUAAAUAUGAUUCGGACUAUGAGGAUAACAUAACCAUUAAAAUGCCCCAGCCUCCUUCCGAUUCCACAUCUGCCCCAAGCAAGAGAUCUCCCUCUUAUUCCCAAAGGUCGAGUGAAUCCUCUCACAGAAGAGAUAGGUCAGAUUAUGUUGCGGAUCACGAUCACAAGCAUCAUCGCCCAUCAAAAUCGGAGCCCAGUAAUAAAGAUCGAAGUCUUCUGCCCACGCCCAUAACUACUGUUCCCAGCUACCAAGGGCAUAUGAUGAACGAAUCAGAAGACGCUCGUCGUUCGAGUGCCUAUAAGCCCCCGUAUAUGCAAAUGCAACGUGGUCCACCUCCAAUGCACAUGAUGGCUCACCAUAUACCAGCCUACAACAACGGGUAUAACAACAUGGGACAGAGGCCUCCUCUAAGCUAUGUCCCGUAUCAAAACCAAACAGUACACCCGAUGCGUACGCCGUACGGAUCUGCAGGCGGAAGUAUGAAUAUGAAUAUGUCACAACCAUUUCAAUCCCCAAAUUUAGCAUCGAUAUAUCAAGGUGUAGCAGCCAAGGUCGGUUCCGGUUUAAUUGACGAUCCAUUAGAAGCCUUUAAUCGUAUUAUGAAGGAAAAGGAGCGGAAGAAGGUGGACCGAUUUCGAAGUUCUGAACACCAUCGAUCGAGGUCCCCGGAUAGGCAAAGGCACCGCUUUAAAUCUCCCAUUUACGAAAAAGAUUCCUCCAGAGAUAAUCUGAAGGACAAGAGACCACGAUCGCGGGAAAGAAAGCGAGAAUAUAGCUAUGAACGGCAUAUGCGUCAUCCUCGUUCAAGUCGCCAGCCCAGUGACGGCUCAAAAUCACCAGGUGGUAGAAUAAAAAGAUCUGGUCAUCGUCGUUCUGCGUCUCCCAAACCAGCUUAUAAGAGUGAUUAUAGGGACAAGUCAUAUAACAAGCCAUUUGCUUCAAAGCCAGAGCCAGUUGAGCCCCCUCCGCCCGGGUUCGAGCCGUUGCAGCUGGCGGAAGAUGAUGUCUAUAAGAACAAGCACCUGGCUAACUCAGAAGCAUCACAUUCUAGUAACAGCAAGGGGGAUAGCCUUAAGAAGAGGGAGGAGGGCAGGCACGAUGAGGUACCACGCAAAAGGCACCGGUCUCGUAGCAAGAGCAAGGAACUAAAGCCAGUCGACAGCAGCUACAGGAGCCUGACACCGCCGGCGAAGAUCACCACACCGAAAAUGACCGCUGUCCAGCUCCGUGAACGCGAAUGUUCACCAAAAACACCCGAAAGGAUUCAUAAUGAGUACAUUUCAGCGAAGGCCAGAGUUAAUACCUCCCAGAGCGACAAUGUCGACUCGGAAAUGGGGCCCAGUGUGGGUAAGGAAAAUAAGGUGAAAAGUCCCACGUCAAAGGAGCGUAAAAAGAAGAAGAAGGACAAGGCCGAUCGCAAGAAAAGUAAGAAGGAUAAAAGGGCUAAGAAGGAGAAAGGAGAGCGGCAGAAGAAGAGUUCAUCUGCAAAUCGAUCAGACUCGGAUAUCAACAACGCUUUGCCAUCCGAGACAAAUUAUAAAAUCCUAUUAUCUCCUAGAGCUAGUCCCAACUUUGAGAUAAAAUCUAUUUCUCCGAAUACAGCAGAAAUCCCUAAUCCCAAAAAGAGUCAUACCUACCCAAAUAAGGAUGGUGCUAGCGAUGAUAAUCUCGGGCCAAGAAGCAAGCGCAGCGAGGCUAAUUCUGUCAAUCUAUCUAAAUGGGAACUGGAGGAGAAUAAUUUAAAUUUUGAAGACUCCGCCAAGAAGUCUGUCGUUACUUUGGACGACCAGUCAGAAAUAACAUCAGAUGUCCUACGUAAGGCCGAAAACGCAAUAUUUGCCAAGGCCAUAAAUGCUAUAAGGCCUGUGGAAUUUCAAGUUAUCAUCAACUCAAAGGGCAAUAGCAAGGACCGCUCUGUAAUCAGAAAUGAUAAGGAAAGAUCGCCUUCGCCCAAGCGUACCAGCAGCAAGUCGGUAAAAGAAAGGUUGGGCAAUAAGGUUGCGAAUGACAGAAGUCGUUCCCCUGAAAAGGCAAAGGGCAGGAGAAGGGAGGCUGCAGAAAAAAACGCUGACGGCGAUACGAACCGGGGUAGAUCGGAACGUCAUGACAGCAGGAAAAGAGAAAACCGAUCGCGCGACAGAACCGCUCCUUCGGAUAAAAGGCAGGAGCGUUCGUAUAAACGGAGUACUCCAGAGGAUGACAAGUAUAGACGUCAAUAUAAGGACCGUUCCGACCCCAAGGUCGCAAAAUAUGAUCAAAUCAAUAGCGACGACUCAGAUCGCAGGGCGGCUAGAAAUACUAAAUCCAGCGACGGCCGAGUGGUAUCCUCCAUUACAGCUGUGGCAGCUCCCCUAAAGCUCUGUCGUCCAGACAAUCCGUUCAGGAAACACAGAGACAAUAGUUCGUCAAGCAGUUUAGUUGUAAAAUAUGAUAAUACGAUAAAAAAUGAGGGAGCGUCCUCGGACAACAGCAUGGAGCAUAGUAAGCAGAAGGAUAAGAAACUGAAAAAGCAUGCUAAAUAUUCUUCAACUGAAUCGUUGAGAAGUGAAAAACGAAAAGAUCUGAAAAGCAAAAAGAAGAGCAAGAUUUUGAAAAAGAAGAAAAAAUCAAAGAAAUAGGUUACGGUAAGCUAUGAAAUAAGAAAGAUAUAAAUAUUGAAGAUUUCUGUGUACAAAUCAAAGAUUUUUAAUGUAUGUAUUUAUCAUGCAACUAAGUAAACAAUAAACCAGAACUACUCAAGGA